CUCAAUCAUCAACUCGUGCUUUACUGAUUUCGGAUCGAAGAGUCACCAUUACGAAUAAGAGAUCGAAGAGCAAAUCCGAGAGAUAAAUCUAUCAUGGGAAUCAUCCGAAAACAAUGCUAAUGACGAUGAGGGUUUCUUCACCAUUGCACUCCAGUUUCGAUUGCUCCGGCAACAUGGCUACAAUGUUGCCUAGUGGUACGUAAGCUUGCAUGUGUCAAGAACCAGUUGAUCCCAAUAACUCGAGCUAUUGGGAGAGGUUCAAUUCUGGAUCAUAUACCAGUUACUAACACCCCCUUCAAACUCAAGCCAUUCAGAUAGGCUUGGAGUUUGGACAUGCAUAGGUCCGGUCACCGUGUGCUUAACAGAAACAGAUGGAGGUCACCGGGAAUCGAACAGAAGACCUUUCGGUCACAGAAGGCUCUGAUACCAUGUCAAGAACCAGUUUAUCCCAAUAUCUCGAGCUGUUGGGAGAGGUUCAAUUCUGGAUCAUAUACCAGUUACUAACAACAUGCACGUGCAUGCAGUGAAUUAAUAUAUAUAUAUAUAUAUAGUAAUUUCCCUGAAAUCAAAAUUAUCUCUCUUCAAAAUUUAACUAUUGGGAUCAAUGGUCUAUGGUAGAAAGAUCGAGCUGGGGCAAAAUAUAUAUCAAGAUUUACCUUCUUCGACGAUCAAGUCGAGUUAUUGAAAUCAUGCGUUCUUGAUAAAAAAAAAUAGUUGGCCAAAAAAUAAAAUUUUAAUUAAAUAAGUCCCCCCUGUGAUAUAUCACAAUAAGAAAUGAGUUUCAAUUCCAAGAUUGCUGAGCCCCGGAAGAAACAAAAGAACGUCGAUCUCACAAUUAUACCAACUACUCCCACAAAUUAUAAUUGAGACAAAUGUGCAAAUAGUUACCUAAAAAAUCAAAGAUCUGCUAAUAAUGCAGGUUGUCGGCCGGCCAAGGGCCAAAAUGGGUACGUAUAUUUUAUAGUCUUAUAUAUCCACACAAUAAGUGUAGAUAAUUAAAAAAUAAAUAAAUGAUAGAGUCGAGUAAUUAAUAAUAAGGCAUCGGCUUGGUAUGGUGUUCUAUCGGGUUUAAUUUUCACCGCAAGUGAACCAGUUGAUCACAAUAACUCGAGUUGUUGGGAGAGGUUCAAUCGUGGAUCAUAUACCAUUCACUAACACACCCCCCCAAUCGAAAGCCAGUCACCUCAUAAGGCGCUUUCGUUUGCACAGGUUUGAAUACACGAUACCAUGUGCUUCACAAACGGGGUCACCGGGGAUUCGAACAUAAGACCUUUCGGUCACAUAAGGCGGCUCUGAUACCAUGUCAAGAACCAGCCGAUCCCAAUAACUCGAGUUGUUGGGAGAGAUUCAAUAAUGGAUCACAUACCAUUCACUAAGGCAAUACGGUUUUUUUCUUUCUAUAUAAAGGGCUGGACAGAGAAGGGCAAGUCUCACUCACCCAACUUUAGAAGCAACUGCAAGCGAGAUAUGGCCUGCUCCAGCAAUAACACUGCUGCUGCUGCAAUUGCAACUGCUCACGAAAGGCGGACCGCAGAUUUCCACCCAACUGUCUGGGCCGACUUCUUCCUUACCCAUGUCUUCAGCGACCAAGAGACUGUAAACGGCUGGAACGCGGGAAUCGAAGCGCUGAAGGAAAACGUGAAGGCGAUGCUGUCAGCUCCGACGCCGGAAAAGCUGAGACUGAUCGACGUGGUGGAGAGGCUAGGCAUCGGUUACCAUUUCGAAGAAGAGAUCGAAGAGCAACUCCAGGAGAUCCAUCAUCAUCCAAAUAAUAACAUCGACGAGGACCUCUUCACCAUCGCUCUCCGGUUUCGACUGCUCAGGCAACAUGGCUACAACGUGCCUAGUGACGUAUUCAAGAGGUUCCAGAACGAAGAAGGAGAAGAAACCUUCAACAAGGAGGAGUUGGGGCGGAGCGACGACGUCGAAGGUAUGAUGAGCCUGUACGAAGCUGGAUAUCUCCGCAUGCAGGGAGAGACGAUACUUGACGAAGCCAUCGUAUUCACGACGGCUCAACUGGCUAAAUACUCCGAGGAGCUGGCUGCGGCCGCGGGUGAGCAUCAAAACGGUUUGUUGAUGAAACGAGUUGCUCGUGUCUUGAAGAGGCCACUGCGUAAGGCCGUCGACAGGCACGAGCAGCUCUUCUUCAUCUCUGUUUACGAGCAGACGGAAGGUCACGAUCCCAUUCUCCUGAAGCUGGCCAAGUUGAGCUGGAAUUCCCUGCAACAUUUGUACCAACAAGAGCUCAGGAGCAUUACCCGGUGGUGGAUCGAUCUGGACUUCGCGACGAAACUGUCCUUCGCGCGAGACAGACUGAUCGAGAUUUACUUCUGGGCCGUGGGAGCCAUGUGGGAGCCCAAAUUCUCGACGUCUCGAUACGUUCUGUCCAAACUCACCAUGCUUGUGUCCGUGGUUGAUGACAUCUACGAUGUCCACGGCACGAUCGACGAACUCGAGAUUUUCACCACUGCCGUCGAGAAAUGGGACACCAGCAUGAAGGAUUUCCCAAAUUACAUGAAAAUAUUUUUUGGUGCACUAAUUGAUGCGUUGGACGAAGUAGACGCCAUUACUACAGGAGAAGGCCGACCCUACUGUUUGGAAUACGGGAAGCAGACGGAGAAGAAUCAAAUGAGAGCAUACAUAACAGAAGCAAGAUGGUUUGCGAAAGGGGAAGUGCCAAAAAUAGAGGAAUACAGGCGCGUAGGAGUAUACUCUUGUGGUUACCCUUUGUUAGCCUACUCAGCACUCUGCGGUUUGGGUGACAAGGCACCAAAGGAGGCGUUCGAUUGGUUGCUGGCGUUCCCCAAGAUCAUGGGAGCCGUCGCGGAUCACUGUCGUCUCAUGGAUGACAUCGUAUCUCAUGAGUUCGAGCAGAAAAGAGGGCACGUCGCAUCAUCGGUUGAAUGCUACAUGAAUCAGCACGAUGUGUCGAGAGACGAGGCGGUUAAUGCGUUGAAUCGAAUGGUGGAGGACGACUGGAAGGUCAUAAACGAGGAGUGCCUCUUGAUCAACCGUCCUGUUUUCGUCUGCAGGGAAGUUAUCUCGAUGUUUGUUGGGCUCGCAAAGGUGAUGGAAGUUCUCUACAAGGAUUUCGAUAGCUAUACGUUCUCCAACACCUCCACCAUGGACAUGAUCACAGCUCUGCUCGUCACUCCCAUGGACGUCGUCCCCAACUGAACUAUGUACCUCAGCUCCCUAUAAUAUGGAUGUAUCAUGUUUGUGUUUUCUUUCCUUGUGAUCGAUGUAUUAUCCUUUUUCUUGUGUCCAAUUGUCAUACAUGUCCAAGAAUAAGGUUGCUAGCUAUAGUUGUUGCAAACCCUAGCACUGUUGAGAUUUGUUUGUUGUCUUUUCCCUCUUGUAACAAUAUUUCCCUUUCUUUGAUUAUUGUAAUAAUUCUGGUGAUGAAUGUUUACAUAGUUUUUUUCUUCUUCCUUUACAUGAUUCCUUUCUUUUGUAAGUUAAUUAUGCUCCUUAUUUAUGGUAAUGAAUGCCGACACCAACUGAAGAUCGUAUAAUUUAGAGAAACCAAAUACGGUACGCGUUCUUGACAAGUCUCGAGACACAGGCUAUAGAAAUAAGCUAUAGGUCGCAAUUAAUGAGAUUUCAGAUUUCACAAUGUAAUUUUAGAAAAUUUUCAGAAUAUGAAAAAACAUACAUAAACUUUUGUUGUGUUUUUUUUUUUUCACCUUAAAUGUAUCUUAGAUAAAAUUCUGAAUACGCAAAUAAAGAGAUAGAGAUGUGUUUGUAAACUCACAAUUUUGUGUACUUGUCCUCCCACUUGUGUAAAAAUUGACGAAAAACGCUUGGGAUCCACUUUCUAUAGAAGCGAUCGAGUUCUGAAAUACUUCUUAUACCUCCAAAUGACUAACUGAAAUCAUAUGUUCAUUGUACUCAAAUAUAUGGAUAUUUACUAGGUUACAUGUAAUUGUAAAUUCUACCAUCAUGAGGAAUUUCAUAAUGCUUUAUAGUAUCGGUAUUUUGGUUUAAAAAAUUAUUAUACAAAUUGUACUUUUACAUUUAACGCUAUGGUACAAAUUCAAUUUGUAAUUAUGAUAUAAACUGAAUAUGUACCAUACAUAAAAGUACGAAUUCUUUUAUGAUAUGAACGAAAUUUUUACUCUCGACAUUAUGGUACAAGUUCAAUUUAUAACUUAAAACACCAAUACUUUAGAGCGUCUCUCGCAAUUGCAUGUACACAACCAGCCAAAUGAUCACUUUCAUAACACGCAAUCAAAUGGCCUAUGGUGACUUCCGUAACCAAAUCCAAGAAAUGAUAUAUUCUGUUAAAUGUAUACUGUCUAGAUUGAGAAAAUCAUAUCUAUUUGAAAAUCAAUCAAAUCUUUGCUACCAAAAAAACAAAAGAACCAAUCCAUUUCACAAUGAUCAGUCCAUUUUAACGACAGUAAUUCAUGACGAUGUCGCCACAUUUCUCUAAAAAUCUACCUAUAUGGUGGAUCUGUCGAAUCUAUUUAUUUUCCACGAGAAUCUGUCGGAUCUAUUUACAGCGACAUAUAUGUAUAUAAUUUGCCUCAGCGGCGGGAUAAAAAAAAGGGCAUGCAGAACAAAGGAGUAAAACGCAUGAUCAUCACCUAAACCAUCCCCAUAAGAAUAUUGAUGGCAAUUUUAACUCGCAUUGUAGGGUAUUAUCCGAUCUGAUUCGUGUUGGAGCGAGUAAUAUACUCGAUUUAUAAUAGCGUGAGGUGGGACAGGGUACUACUUCCGAUAUGUCUUCCUCUCCUCCAUCCCGAAUCUCUUCAAACAAAAUCAACCUCUAUAUCCAAAUCCUCUCAAAGAAUAUGAUAUCCUGAUUAUUACUAUCUAUAUUUAAGAAGAUCGUAUCCAUAAACAAAUCAAUCAAAUCUUUUCUAGAAAAAAAAAACAAAAGAAUCAAUCAAUUUUCACAAUGAUCCAUCCCUAUUUUUGCCUCAACUAGCACUGCUAACACAUGUAUAUAAUUUGCCUCAAUUAAUGGAUCGACAACGAAAGGGCAGAACAAGAGAGUAAAACACAUGAUCAUCGCCCAACCCAUCCCAAUAUAGGAAGAAGAACAAGAUUCAAAUUUCUAACAGUUCCAAGAAAAAUUAAAAUAAUUG